AUGGCGCCAAGCACGAAGGGUUGGCAGAUGAUCGAGACCAUUUCGGUCUUGGUCAGUCUAUGCCUGAUCUCGGUCGUGCUGCGAGUCGUCGCUCGCAUUCGCAGGAGAGUCGGGUUCGGUGUCGACGAUUAUCUGAGCAUGGUUUCCAUGGUGCUCCUCAUUGCCAUGUUGGUCGAGCUGAUUCUUUGGUGUGCAAUUGGAGGUAAUGGAGCCCAUAUCACGGAUCUAUCUCCCGAAACUCUCAUGAACUACUGGAAGAUCUUCCUCGCCAACCAAUUCACCUACUUCCUACUCUGCCCCUGUAUCAAGAUCUCUAUCAUCUGCUUCUACCGACGACUCUUCGCAACCCCAAAUUUCCAAAAAGUCACCUUCGGCCUAAACUGCCUAAUCGCCGCCUGGGGCACAGGAAUCUUCCUAGCGUGCGCAGGACAAUGUCGACCUCUACGGGCAUACUGGGACCACAGCAUCGAAGGAACAUGUUUCGACGCCCAAGAAUUCAUCAUCGUCAACCAAGCCUUCAACGUAUUCAUGGACUUCGUCAUCCUCGUCCUCCCCAUCCCAAUGAUCUGGAACCUCCACCGCGCAUGGCAAGACAAGCUCGCGCUAAACGGUGUCUUUGCCCUCGGCGCCUUCGUCUGUUUCGCUAGCAUUUACCGCAUCGUCGUGCUCUUCUACAUCAGCCCGACGGACCCAACCUUCACCGUCUACCAGGCGACACUGUGGACGCACAUCGAGCCUGCCGUUGGCUUGAUUUGCUCUAAUUUGCCGAUCAUCCGGGGUCUGUUCCCAGCGCUCAAGUUGAAGAGCUCUCGCAAUGGAACAGGUCCAGCGUAUAUCAACACUGACUACACGAAUUCUUUGUUCUUGUCGAAGUCUAGCCCCCGCUCGCCGGACCUUGAGUAUGUUAAGAUGUACAAUGCCCAGGUCGAGAGCAGGUCGCCCGGGUACCUUGGUGAUGAUCUUCAUCCGCAGACUAUUAAUGUCCAGACGGAUAUUUCGAUCCUUCCGGGCAACGACUCCACUAGUAGGCUGAACCAAUGA